AUCUGGCACAGUCCUGAGGGUCCCCACGGUGUCCUCUGUUCUGUCUGUAGAUCCUCAGGCGAUGACAGCAGCCGAGGAAGGUGCAAGAUCCCAGCCAGGUUCUUCUGCUCACUGUGUCAUUUGGGCCCCCACCUCAGCCAUUUGCUCUGGGCAGACCAAGGCCCGCACAGAGACAGAGAAGCAAGAACUAUCCUGGGAGAAGUGUGUCGAAGCCUUUCUACAGCCAGCACAGAAGGAGCUGCAGAGACGGGGAUGCAACAAAGUCACAGGAAACUUGCAACAUAUGUGAACAGCAGAGCAACAACCAAGCACAUUGAACAGGACAGAGAUGAGCUUUUGAGCAGAGGAGACCCUCCUGUCUUUGCAGCUACACCCACCCUCGCUCACAUCUAUCAGAGGUUAAUCGAAAACUGCUGGAAAGAUUGGGGAUGGCAGUUUUCACUGCAGGGCUUGGGCUCAUUCUGCUGUUGCUAGAAGCCAGGGAGACUCUGGGAGGGCCUCACUCUCUCUGCCUCAACCUCACUGUCAGAUCUGAGGCCUCACCUGGACAGCCCUGGUAUGAAGCCCAGGGCUCAGUGGAUGAAAGGACUUUCCUUCAGUAUGACAAUAACAAGAAGACCACACCUGUGGGUAUGCUGGGGGAGAAGUUCAAGGACACCAAAUCAUGGAAAGAAUUGACAAGAAUUAUAGAAGAAACCGGGUAUGAGCUCAGGAGUAUCAUGAGUGACACCAUUCUGAAGGGAAGAGCACACAAGAGUUCCCCCAAGCUGAAAGCCAACAUGUGCUGUCAGAGGAGUGCAGGAGAGUGCACUGGUGCUUUGUGGGAAUUCAACAUCAAUGGACAGACAGCCCUCGUUAACACAAUGACCAUGAACUGGUCAGUCCUUGAACCUGGAGCCAUAGGGAUCAAGGAGGAGUGGGUAGCCAACCAUCGUGUGGCAAGCUAUUUCAAGAACAUUUCAAAUGAAGAGUGCCAGUUCUGGCUUCAGGAAUUCUUAAACAACUUUGAGGAAUAUCUGGAUUCCAUAGCUGCAUCAUCCAAGGCAGAAGAAACCAUCCAGCAUUAUCCAUCCACCUGGUUAAUUACCUGGAUCAUGCCAAUAAUCACUGUUCUGUCCUACUUGAAAUUUGCUUGAUAUGCACGAUGUGUGUACUAAUAAGCAUUAAAAUUUACUGUAGAUGAUGGGAA